AUGCCCAACACGGCCCUUCUCCAGGGUGACGCAAAUCAGAACCACAGUAGCAUACCACCUUACUCCUGUCAGGACAGCGAGUAUCAGAGCCUAAAGACAACCCAUGUGGUCUGGAAUGCAGAUCAGCCAGACCCCUCCGACGCUGUUGGUGGGAAUGAAUAUUGUGCAUUCGCUGAGGAAAACAGUAUGGAGGUUCCUCAAGAAAUUCAAUACUAUCGAGCAAUCUUACUUCUAGAAAAGUGCAAAGCGGGCAAAGUCAGGCAAAACUGGUUAAUGAACAUUAGAAGCAGCAGCGAAGCAGGAGCCCACUGCGGGCCCACAGGAGGUCAGCUGCCCACGUCCCCAGCAGCCCAGCACCUGCACUUGCGGACAGGCCAGCGGAGGGUGACUGACUCGGCGUGGAGCUCCGCCACACCCAGGCAGACCGAGCGGGUGACAGUGCUUCCUGGACCGCCUAGUCUCCCAGCACUUUGGGAGCCUCAGAGCAUCGACGUUCGUUCAUACUCAGAUGCUCCCGCCUCUCACCGAGGUGUCGCCGCUGUUUUCCUGCAGGCACCUGCGUGCGCCCUGGGACCCGCACCGGCAGCCCCUGGGAGCCCCAGCGUCCCGCAGCCUCCCGCGCCCGCGGAGCAGCCGGACUGGGCCGACACCGGCGAAUAUGACCUGGUCACUGCCUACGAGGUGGACGACCGGGGGGACUACGUAUCCCACGAGGUCCUGCACCACCAGCGGAGGCGCAGAGCUGCAACGGCGCCGGGAGCUGACUCGCUUUAUCUUCGGCUGAAGGGCGUCAGGCACGACUUCCACAUGGACCUGAAAACAUCCCGCGACCUCGUGGCUCCCGGAUUUUUGGUGCAGACGUGGGGGAAGCGCGGCACCAAGUCAGUGCGGGCCUUCCCGCCCCAGGACCUCUGCUUCUACCAAGGCUCCGUGCGGGCGCACCGCAACUCCUCCGUGGCCCUCUCCACCUGUCAGGGUUUGUCAGGCCUGAUCAGAACAGAAGAAGCGGAUUACUUCUUACAGCCCCUUCCUUCACACCUAGCGGGGAAGCUCCCCGGCUCUGCUGGCAGCGGCCUGCCCUCCCAUGUACUGUACAAGAGAUCCGUGUCUUCCCGGGCUCCUGAGGCCAGCGAGGUGGUGCUGGUGUCCCGGAAGCCAGAGCCGGCCAACGGACACUUGCUCGGCGGUGGCCUUCACCCAGGACUCUCACAAAAGCAGCAUUUCUGUGGAAGACGCAAGAAAUAUAUGCCCCAGCCUCCCAGCGAAGACCUCUUCAUCUUGCCCGAUGAGUAUCAGUCUUGCUUACGGCAUAAGCGUGCUCUUCUGAAGUACCACGGAAAUGAAGAACUCAAUGUGGAGACACUGGUGGUGGUUGACAAAAAGAUGAUGCAAAACCAUGGCCAUGAGAACAUCACAACCUAUGUACUGACGAUUCUCAACAUGGUGUCUGCUUUAUUCAAAGAUGGAACAAUUGGAGGAAAUAUCAACAUCGCAAUUGUAGGUCUGAUUCUUCUGGAAGAAGAACAGCCAGGGCUGGUGAUAAGUCACCAUGCAGACCGCACCUUAAGCAGCUUCUGCCAGUGGCAGUCUGGAUUGGUGGGGAAAGAUGGAACUCGCCAUGACCACGCCAUCCUCCUGACCGGCCUAGACAUAUGUUCCUGGAAGAACGAGCCCUGCGAUACCUUGGGAUUUGCACCCAUAAGUGGAAUGUGCAGUAAACACCGCAGCUGUACAGUCAAUGAAGACACUGGUCUUGGACUGGCCUUUACCAUCGCCCACGAGUCUGGACACAAUUUUGGCAUGGUCCAUGAUGGAGAAGGAAACAUGUGCAAAAAGUCUGAGGGCAACAUAAUGUCCCCGACAUUGGCAGGACGCAACGGGGUCUUCUCCUGGUCACCCUGCAGCCGCCAGUAUCUGCAUAAAUUUUUAAGCACUGCUCAGGCGAUAUGCCUUGCUGAUCAGCCAAAGCCUGUGAAAGAAUACAAGUAUCCUGAGAAGCUGCCAGGAGAAUUAUACGACGCAAACACACAGUGCAAGUGGCAAUUUGGAGAGAAAGCCAAGCUGUGCAUGCUGGACUUUAAGAAGGACAUCUGUAAGGCCCUGUGGUGCCAUCGGAUUGGAAGGAAAUGCGAGACUAAAUUUAUGCCGGCAGCAGAAGGCACUGUGUGUGGGCGCGACCUGUGGUGCCGUGGAGGGCAGUGUGUGAGAUAUGGUGAUGAAGGCCCCCAACCCACGCAUGGCCACUGGUCGGACUGGUCCUCCUGGUCCCCCUGCUCCAGGACCUGUGGAGGAGGCGUGUCUCACAGGGACCGCCUCUGCACCAAUCCCCGGCCUUCGCAUGGAGGGAAGUUUUGUGAGGGCUCAACACGCACUUUCAAUCUUUGCAACAGUCAGAAAUGUCCCCAGGACAGUGUGGACUUCCGGGCUGCUCAGUGUGCAGAGUUUAACAGCAAGCAGUUCAGAGGGUGGCACUACAAGUGGAAGCCUUACACACAAGUAGAAGAUCAGGACUUAUGCAAACUCUACUGUAUCGCAGAAGGAUUUGAUUUCUUCUUUUCUUUGUCAAAUAAAGUCAAAGAUGGGACUCCAUGCUCGGAGGAUAGCCGUAAUGUUUGUAUAGAUGGGAUAUGUGAGAGAGUUGGAUGUGACAAUAUCCUUGGAUCUGAUGCUGCUGAAGAUGCCUGUGGGGUGUGCAAGGGAAAUAAUUCAGCCUGCGUGACUCAUAAAGGUCUCUACACCAAGCUUCACCAGACCAACCAGUAUUAUCACAUGGUGACUAUACCUUCUGGAGCCCGGAGCAUUCGCAUCUAUGAAACGAACACUUCUACCUCCUACAUUUCAGUGCGCAAUGCCCUCAAAAGAUACUACCUGAAUGGACACUGGACGGUGGACUGGCCUGGCCGAUACAAGUUUUCUGGCACUGCCUUUGUCUACAGAAGGUCUUACAAGGAGCCUGAGAGCUUAACCUCAGCAGGACCCACCAAUGAAACACUGAUUGUGGAGCUUCUGUUUCAGGGAAGGAAUCCAGGUGUUGCCUGGGAAUAUUCGAUGCCUCGGUUGGGGACUAAGAAGAAGCCCAUUGCCCAGCCCAGCUACGCCUGGGCCAUUGUGCGCUCCGAGUGCUCAGUCUCCUGCGGAGGGGGGCAAAUGACGACAAGAGAAGGCUGCUACCGAGACCUGAGGUUUCCAGUGAACGCGUCCUUCUGCAAUCCCAAGACCCGACCUGCCACAGGACUGGUGUCUUGCAGAGUGUCUGCCUGUCCUCCCAGCUGGUCCGUGGGGAACUGGAGCAUCUGCAGCCGGACAUGCGGUGGGGGCACUCAGAGCCGGCCUGUCCAGUGCACUCGGCGUGCACACUACAGCUCAGAGCCGGUGGCCACCAGCCUGUGCCCACAGCCUGUGCCCGCCAGCCGGCAGGCCUGCAACACACAGAGCUGCCCGCCUCUAUGGAGUGUCGGUCCCUGGGCAGAGUGUUCACGCACCUGUGGGAAGGGCUGGAGGAAGAGGGUGGUGACCUGCAAGAGCACCAGCCCCUCGGCUAGAGCUCAGCUGCUGCCCGACGCCGUCUGCAGCUCCGAGACCAAGCCCAGGACACACGAGGCCUGUCUGCCCAAGCGCUGCCACAAGCACAAGAAGCUGCAGUGGCUCGUGUCCGCCUGGUCCCAGUGCUCUGCGACAUGUGAUAGAGGAACACAGAGAAGGGUUUUGAAAUGUGCUGAAAAGUACAUUUCUGGGAAGUAUCGAGAGCUGGCCUCAAAGAAGUGCCUGCAUCUGCCAAAGCCCACCCUGGAACUGGACCGCGCCUGCACCCUGCUUCCGUGCCCCAAGCGUCCCCUGUAUGCGGCUGCAGGCCCCCGAAAGGCCAGCUGGUUUUCCUCUCCCUGGUCUCAGUGCUCAGCCAGCUGUGGGGGUGGCGUCCAGACAAGGUCCGUGCAAUGCCUGGCAGGGGGCCAGCCGGCCUCGGGCUGCCUCGUGCACCAGAAGCCUGCGGCCUCCCUGGCCUGCAACACUCACUUCUGCGCUGUCGCAGAGAAGAAGGACACCUUCUGCCAAGACCACUUCGCGUGGUGCUACCUGGUGCCCCAGCACGGGAUGUGCAGCCACAAGUUCUACGGCAAGCAGUGCUGCAGGACGUGCUCCCAGUCCAGCCUGUGAGGGCCGCGGCACCAUGCGGAGCAGUGCUGCCCGGCAGAGGCAUCUGAGCACGAAAGAGCUGCACAGCCCCCAUCAGGAUGCAUCCCGGGAAGCUGGACGCGGGAAGAACAACUGGUAGACGCCAUGACCUGGGGCGUGCGUGUGUGUGUUUCCUCUGAGCCUGGAUGUGUGUGUCCACGCACACACACGCUCUCCCGCCAGGCUGGCAGUGGGGCCCCGCAGGCCAGCCUCCACAUGCAGGCCCAAGGGCCACUGUGAGGAACAGGAGAGACACCCACCUGUGUUUGCACUUCGGCCAGAUCAAGUCCAAAAGGCAGGUGGGCUGAGCUUGCUAAACGAUCCACACCUGGAGCUUUGUAAGAAGAAGCAAAGGCAUGGACCACAGCAAGUGUACAAAUACCUGCCGCCACCUACCUAGCAGGCCCCCUUCCAUCCAGGGGCCGCCCCCGCUGUCAGGAGCGAUGAACCUCUCUGAGUGCAGGGGCCAGUGCCUGGGGAGCCCCAGGCCUCUGCCCAGGGUCCUCCUCCUGGCCCUGCCUCAGAGACCUGGCACCACAAGAUCCCUUGUCAUCUCAAAGGGGCGCCUGCCAGGUCUGCCCUGACUUAGGACUUCGGAGUCCCUGCUAAGGUGCGUGGUCCCUUUCGGACUUACGCGCCAGAGGAGGGACUUCCACGUUACACGGUUUACCGUUCUCAGUUACGAACAAGUGCGCGUUCCUGUUCAAACCCAUCUCGUAAUGCUUUCCUUUUUUGAGUGACAGAUCACAAGUACAGUACUCACCAAACCCUGCUGUCCCAGGCCAAGUCCUGGCCCUGCUGAGCCAGGACAUCAUCCCGGCCCAUCACAACAGCGGCCUGGAGCCCUGAGCCCCGUUUGGUGUGCUGUGGGGUGUUCACACUUCCUUCAGUUUGGCCGUGUCUGUAAUAUGGGCAAGACCCAAAGCCAGCAGUGUCCCGGGGGGCAGCUGCCGGCUCCCCACCAUCAUCCUUGGUGCUGUCGUCUGUGCACCCCAGUGGUCCC